CCAAACUUUAGUCUCCCUAACGGGGAAAAUGACUACUGGUGUCGAGGAGCCGCAAUGGAGAAAAGUUCAUUCGGUCACGGGAGUGAUACCGCGGUCCAGACACGGACACCGAGCAGCUGCAAUACGGGAGCUAAUUGUUGUGUUCGGUGGUGGAAACGAAGGCAUAGCGGAGGACCUCCAUGUUUACAACACUGUCUCAAAGCAGUGGUUUCUGCCUGCUGUGAGAGGUGAUAUCCCACCGGGCUGUGCUGCCCAUGGCUUCGUCUGUGAAGGCACUCGAAUACUUGUCUUUGGUGGCAUGGUUGAGUUCGGGAAAUACACUAACAGCCUCUAUGAACUUCAGGCUAGUCGCUGGCUGUGGAAGAAACUGAAGCCCAGAGCUCCCAGGAAUGGCCUGCCUCCCUGCCCUCGGAUAGGACACAGCCUCACUCUAGUGGGUAACAAGUGUUACCUGUUCGGAGGGCUGGCCAAUGAUAGUGAAGACCCCAAUGGCAAUGUGCCAAGAUACAUGGGUGACUUCUAUGAGCUGGAGCUGCAGUCGAUAUCAGGGGCGAGAGGCUGGAACAUCCCAGAGACAAAGGGUGGUGGUCCCUCAGCACGGGAGUCCCACACCGCGGUUGCCUACACCGGCCUCGGCUCCCCGAAGCUCUACAUCUUUGGAGGGAUGCAAGGAUGCCGCUUAGACGACCUCUGGCAGCUUGACCUCGACACAAUGGUUUGGACGACGCCUGAGACCAGGGGUUCCACGCCACUUCCCAGAAGCCUUCACUCUGCCAGUGUCAUUGGAAACAAGAUGUAUGUUUUUGGUGGCUGGGUUCCUGUACCAGAGUCAGAUGAGCACAAUGCCUUAGGAACUGAAUGGAUCUGCAGUGACUCCUUAAGUGUACUCAACUUAGACACUAUGAGCUGGGAGAACCUUGGCCCAGAGCAGCUGGACGAUAUCGAGUCUCAGCUGCAGAGCCAGGGACCCCAGAGUGACGAUCCGUACGCCUGUAGGCCCAGAGCCAGAGCCGGGCACUGUGCCGCCACUGUCGGGUCCAGGCUUUACAUUUGGAGCGGCCGUGACGGAUACCGCAAGAGCUGGAACUAUCAGGUCUGCUGCAAGGAUCUCUGGUACCUGGAGACGGAUCGACCAGAAACCCCACAGGCAGUGUUACUCAUCAAAUCCACAGUCAGCAUGCUUCAUGUGGCCUGGCGCCCCCUGCCUGCAGCCGACUGCUACGUCCUCCAGAUCCAGCCUGCGCCUCCACCGGCCAAACCAGUCGAUCCAAAUGGAACAGAUGGACUGGAUGCGAAGAGUAAAGACUCUGCAGCUGUCCAGACUUUUCAACCUCAAACUGGAGAAACCACUAAUAAAGAAGCCAAAGCAUCAGCUCAGGCCUCAACACAGCAGGAAACUGCAGCAAAAUCACCCAAAAGCUCUGCAGAGAUCAAAGCACACGGAGGGAGGAGUGUUGGGAGAGAGGCAGAGAAGGACUGCGGUGCUGGAGAGGAGACACCAGAAACAGAGGUCAGCAGCUCAGAUCAGCACCAGCCAGAGAAACAACCUGUUUCAGCUGACAAGACAACAGAUUUCUACGCCCAGGAACAUCAGGUCCAGCAGAGUCCAGAUGAAGCCACAUGGUUUGAUGUUGGUGUGUUCAAAACACUGUACUCUGAGGUCGGCCACUACUUUCUACCUGCUGACAGUGAUCAGGCAACUGCAGCCAUCAGCAGCCGGCCGCCAAACACUAAAGAGCCCUUCCUCCAGAGGAAGCUUCCAGGACCUCAGGACUACCACAGCAGAGAGAAGAAGGAGCUGGCUCCUGGUCAGACCUACAGGUUCAGAGUUGCGGGCAUCAACUGCUUUGGCCAGGGAGACUUCAGCCCAGUCAGCGAGUUCAAGACCUGCCAGCCUGGUUUCCCUGGAGCUCCCUCUGCUGUCAAGAUUACCAAGGCCAACGAUUCUGUCCACAUCACGUGGGAGGCUCCCUCCUCUCCAUCAGGCCGGAUCCUUGAGUAUUCCAUGUACAUGGCGGUGAGGAAGAGCCGCUCCACCAGCUCGGAGCGUCCAGGUCAGAUGGCCUUCAUCAGGAUCUACCGCGGCACCAAGACGUCCUGCACAGUCAGCUCCACCCACCUGGAAAACGCUCAGAUCGACUGCUCCGCCUCCAACAGGCCAGCUGUCGUCUUCCGCAUAGCCGCAAAGAAUGAGCAGGGCUACGGCCCAGCGACGCAGAUCCGCUGGAUUCAAGAUCCAAGUAAAUUGCGAGGGUCUGCAUCUAAAGCCGACAGCAGUGCUGAGGCUGACCAGGAUGCUGCUGACAGCUCCAGCUGAAAAUGAUGGGACCAAUGAUGCUGUGUUUUGGAAAAGACUGAAAAGGAAUAUGUGCUCUCAGGAAGUUGUCAAUGUAUGCCACUCAGAUGUUGUAUAUUUCCCCAAUAGUUUUGUUAAUUUAUUUUUUUUAUGUAUUUAAUUAUUCCCUUGUAAAUAGAUUUUCAUAGAAAGUUUGACCACUUGGCUAUUUUAGUUAAGAAAAUGUUUUGUAAAAAUAUGUAAUACUAAGUAGACCAAACUACCAGUAUGAUUUAAAACUCUUCAGCGGUUGAAGGUGCCUUAGAGCGAACACAGCAGCUACUCAUGCUGCAUUACUCAGAAUGUUGCUGUUGUGAGUGAAACGCAGGUGUAAGAUGUUUUCAGGGCCAGUCAUCAGAAAGGAAAUCCUUUUUUUUUUUAGCAUGAUAAACCACUUUUACAAUCUAUUAACAGUGAGAUUACAUAACGGAAUGAUAUUGUUGCUUUUAACUUAAUCGUUUGCUACGAUUCAGGUUUGGUAUAACAGGUUUAAAAUGUUUUGUCACUGUAUACAAUUGUCACUAAAAAUAUUUCCACUAUCCGUUAAAUUUGUA